AAUCCGUCAUCUGAAAUGUCUAGAUCAAGGUGUAUUUAUCACAUUGAUAAAUACACCUUGGUCUAGAUUCUGGGUACAGUGCAGACCGGGCGUCGGGCGACAAAAACCGACUGACGGGCGAAGACUGCUGACUGACGAGAUACCUCAUAUACAUUGUGAUUGUUGUUCGCAUAGGCAUUAGGACAUAGACGAUUGACCUAUAAACUAAUAAACAAUAGACUUAUAAUUUUUCUAUACUUUAAGCUAGAUAAUGUAUAAAAAACAUAGAGCUAUAGAACUUACCACAGGGCACAGACUAUAGCUUAGUGCUUACCUAUCCUAGUAUUCUACACGAAUCAUUGACAUUUUAUUAUUCAUAUCAUAUCAUUGUUUAUAUAUAUUUACUUAUCUCAUUUUAUGAUUGUGAUUGUGGUUGUUGAGAGUUGAGUCAAUCCUGGUCAUUGGUCAACGAUGUGCGUCAUAAAAAAAUAAACAUAAUAUUAUUAUCGUGAAUACAUUCUACGUUUUUUUACGUUCUGCUGAACAAUAAUAUUACAAUAACAAUAAUUAUCAAUGACUCGAAGUCAUCACCGAGAAGUAUCGAGCAUCAGACGUUAUAAUUUAUAAUCGCAUUCAAUUAGUCGAAACAUCGAGUCGAUCGUCAUCUCGAAUCUUGAUAAUAAAUAAUAUUAUUAUCUUCAAUAUUAUUAUUAUUACAGAAGCUAAUGGAAGAAUGAGCCCUGCUGCAGUCCGAGUAGUGCCAGACGUUACGCCAUCGCGAUCAUUUGCAUAGGUUGCUCAUCUCUUGUCGAAGUCUAAGCGAUUUAAACAUCCCGUAACAUGGAAAACAGUAACAAGAGACCAUUAGAAGAUGGAUGUCAAUAUUCGCACACAGAAACAAAGAAACCUAAAGCGUCUCAAGUUACAACAACGACAACACAUCCUAAAUCCUCAAAGGAAAUUGUUGGUUUCCAAGAUUUAUCCGAUGAUGUUAUCAUGUAUUUAUUUAAAUAUCUAUCACAUGAUAAUCUUGCCAAAAUGGCACUGAUAUGCCCUAACUUGUUAAGAAUUAGUCAUGAUUGGACUCUAUGGAAAAAACCAAGAUUUGAAAAGUUUGAAAAAUCUAUGGAAGAUGUAUACUUGAGUUACUUAAAAGAGGAUACCACUGAAUUGUUUAUAUCGUGUAAUGAUGUUCCAAGCACUGAUUAUUCAGUUUCUCACAAAUUUUUAAUACAAUUAGAAACAAAAUGCCCAGAAUUACAACAUUUAACGUUAACAAAUCAAGUAUUUGAUGCCGGUGAAAUAAGUGUAAAGAUUUUGCAUCGAAAAUUGAAAACACUGACUAUUGAUAAUACAACUAUUGAAAACAUUCCAGACAGCUCUUCUUAUUUAUGUGGUAUAAACAAUGCUUGCCCAGAUCUAGAGCAAAUUAUAAUGACCAACAAUGAUUGGUUUUUGCCAAAUUGUCUGUAUGCAUUGGCCAAGCUGGAACGUUUACGCUACUUAAGUCUCGCAGGUUGCAAACAGUUUAAAGACUGUAUUCCAUAUGCAAGUAUUACUGCUAUAACUGGAUUCAAAUCUUUACAGACACUUGAUUUGCGUUUUACUCCAGUAAGUGAUCAUGAACUUGUUUGCUUUCAAAGAUUAACAACUUUGAAAAAUGUUCUUUUGGAAAGCCCUGAGUAUAUGAACCACGAGAGAGAUGCAACAAUUACUGAUUUGGGUUUGGCAGGAUUCUGUACUGCUACCUUUGAAUUCCACUAUCCAUACAUACAAAUUUUGAUUGAUAGACGUGGUGGAGUGAACUUAAGAAGAGUUCAUGAAAGGAAUGAUAAUGUUGAUAGAUGCAGUAUUGAAACCUUAUAUGUUCGCAACUAUCCAAAAGUAACCGAUGCAUUUUUGAAGACUGCUGUCAGAACUUGUCCAUACCUGAAAUCGUUAGAUAUUACUGGAUCAUGUUGCACUUCAGCAGAAAUUGAAUAUUAUAAAGCAAAUAGGCCUAGUACAAAGGUAAUAUGCUAAAAAGACUGAAAAAUAAUAAAUACGUUGACAUAGGGUAAUAUAUUGAUAUGUGAGAAAAUGAGGUGAGGUGAAAGAGUAGUAAGACAUGUUCAAUCCUUAUAUAUUUUGUGUUAUAUAAAACUUAUAACUAAUUCUACAGUAUAUUGAUAUUAAUGAACCAGUUUAAAAUUAAAUGUAUUAGUGUUUGUAAAUAAUUUAUUCUUUCUAUUUGUCAUCUUAUUACUUAUGAUUCACAAAAAGAGUUUAAACUUAAAUAUAAAGUU